UUGAUCUACCGUGACUAUGUAAAACGACAUCCCACACUCACGACCGCACUACUCACCUGUGUAUACAUUGUCACUUGACACGGCCAGUGCAGCCUGGCCGUGCCGUUGUUUCCUUUGUCUCGUUGUGCAUCCUCGACUGUAUAUCCACGACCCUGGCUUCAGCAGCUGUUGCGUCGAGACGUGAGGAACGAAGGCGACGGGACUAGCAGACCGAUUGGCGGUGCGACACGACACGGCGACGACGACGGCGACGGCGCGACACCAACGACAAUAUGGCGGACGGCAGGCGAGCGGAAGACGGCCAGCGAGAUGUCGAGGCCUCAGAGAGCACACCGCUGCUGGGCGCCGGACAGGCCGAGCAUGCCGACCAAAGUCGACCGCAAGACGAGACCUCGGCGACAUCCUUACUACGCGACAUCCAGAGCAGCGGUCGCAAGAAGCGACGAUGGCCCAGCAUAGUCGCACUCUUGGCACUGUGCGUAGUGGCGGCGCUGAUCAUCAUCUUCGCGUUUGUUGCGCCAGCUGCAGUGGAGCAGUAUGCUGCCGAAGCCAUUGUCUUCGAACCGACGAGCCUUUCCAUCGACUCCUUUACGUCUACCGGAGUGCGUGCUCGAGUACAGGGCAACUUCAAGCUGGACUCGACAAGAGUGAGCACAGCAUCCGUGCGGAGGCUGGGGAAGUUAUGUACAUACAUUGCAGAGGAGGUUGAGACCGGCCGUGGAACCAUGGCGGUCUCGCUGCCAGAGUACGGCAACGUGCUGCUAGGCACCGCACAGAUUCCUCCUAUCAAAGCAUAUAUUCGGGAUCAGCACAUCACGGGCAUCGACUUUCUGACGGAUCUUGCGCCUGGAGAUAUCGAAGGGAUUAGGCGGAUUGCCAACGACUGGAUCGAUGGCCGUCUUGGUUCCCUGAGGGUGGUGGGCCGAGCACAAGUGCCCUUGAAGAGCGGCCUGAUCCAUCUCGGGCAGCAAAUAGUGCAGCAAGAGAUGACUUUCGACAACGACGAUAUUCCGGCCAUUCCUGCAUAUGACAUUAAGAAGCUCAACUUCCGCGAGGUGGACAUUCCAGGUGGUAAGGGAAUGGCUGCGGACGUGUCGGUCAAAGUCCAGAAUGGCUUUCCCGUCGACUUCACCAUCCCACCUCUGAGCUUCGGCGUUCUGGUAGACAACUGCGAGAAAAGUGAUCCCUACAUCAUGCUCGCUCAGGCAAUCACUGAGCGGAUCCAUAUCCAGCCAAAGAUGGCUGUCGUGGCAAAUGCAACAGGGACUGUGCAUCAACUACCAGCCGUCCUGACACAAGACUGUCCAGGCACGUCCAAAUCGCCAUUGGACAUAUUCUUAGGACGAUACAUCCACGGCGAGACGAACACCGUGUACGUACGUGGAUCCGACUCGCCCGACCUCGACACACCUGGCUGGAUCACGGACCUGAUGCGGGACAUUACCGUGCCUGUGCCUAUCCCAGGCCGUAGUUUCGGCCACUUGAUCAAGAACUUCUCUCUCACAGAUACACACUUCAGCUUGCCGAACCCGUGGGCAGAGCCAAACACUCCCGCGGCCAAUCCACGAAUCAGCGCCAAAGUUCGUGCUUUGGUCGCUCUACCAGAAGAGAUGAACUUCAGCAUAGACGUCAAUAAGGUCCGAGCGGACGCAGACGUAUUCUACAAGGGCAAGAAACUUGGCCUGCUCGACUUGAGCAAAUGGCAAGCUGCAAACAGCACGCGCAUCGAGGCCGGAAAGGAAGAUGGGCCGAUGCUCAUGGUGGAAAGUGCCGUAGAAGAUGCGCCGCUGGAGAUCCAAGACGAAGACGUGUUUACCGAUGUCAUCCAGGCGCUCAUGUUUGGCAGCAAGACAGUCGUCAUGUCCAUCAAAGCCGAGGUGGACGUGGGCGUGGAUACUGCCCUGGGCGAUUUUGCGAUACGGAAGAUACCCGCUGAAGGCUCGGUGCCCAUCAAGCCUAUUUCUCGACCUCAACCGCCUUCCCAUGGCGAUCACCCACCUAAGCACGACGGAAAAGGCCUCAUAGGAGGCCUUCACCCUCGGAUCACGGACUUGAAUAUCGUGAAUACCACCACGACAUCGCUUACUAUUCUCGCUGGCGCAAACAUCACGAAUCCCACCAAUUACUCUGCCACGAUACCAUACAUUGACAUCCACAUCAUGAAGAACGGCUCAUUACUCGGGCAUGCCACGGCUCGCGAUCUAUCAAUCACAACAGGUCUCAACGCAGGGCUCAAAGUCGAAGCCAUAUACGCUCCCCUCGACUUCGGGGGCCCCGCAGCGAAAGUCAUAGGUCGCGAGCUCAUCUCACAGUACAUCUCCGGCUGGAACACCACCAUCACAUUACAGAUGCACGAGAAAUCCAUCCCGGCCAACCCCAAAUUGGGACGAGCGCUCUCACACUUCCCCAUCGAAGUCCUCGCUCCCCAACUCGGAGCCCACUCGCCACCAAAAGACAAAAACCAUCAUGGCGCGCCAGACAACGGCGACAGUAAACGCAAAGUCUCCUCAGGACCACAUUUCAUCAAAGACGCCACCAUGCACCUCCUCUCCUCCUCCGCCACCUUUCUCCUCCUAUCCCCCCUCCAACAUUCCACCCUCAUCAUCACCGACCUCAACGCCACCGCCUUCUACAACGAAGAUCCCGCCGGUCAUCCCCACGACAUUGGCGACCCUGUGGGUGAUAUCAUUUACACUCUCCCAUUGGCUGUCCCUCCCAUUUCAGAAACCCCUGGCGAAGAAGGCUUUUUGACGCCGAAAUUGCCUGUGGAUUGGAGUUUGGGAAGUGUGGGCUAUGGAGCUGUGAAGAGAGCGCUUGGAGGCACGUUGAAGUUGAGUGCGAAAGCUGAUGUCGGGGUGCAAUUGGGUAGGUGGAGAGAGAGGGUGUGGUAUCAGGGUGGUGGGUUGGGGGUGAGGAUUCGAAUCUGAUGAUGAGGAGGAGGAGGAGGAGGAUGACUGUAGGAUGGGGAGAGGGAUGGGAGGAGGGAAGACGACGUCUAAGUAAGCAAGCAAGCAGCCAUUGCGAAUGUGAGUGUGAGUGAAAUGAAUGUUGGGUUCAACAGCACAUGAAUUGAGAUGAUAAAUAGGAGCGAUGGAGUUUUGGGCGCAUGGUAUGGAGGGAGGUGUAAAUAGACGACUGUUGAAAGAAAUGCGGCAAACAUGGGCCAAGUGCACUUCAAAGUGAGUGUCCACCAAGGUAUUGUAUCCCGAGUCGUUGAAGCAAUCUCAUG